UCAGUGACGUUUGAGUUGCGCAUGUCUUCGCUUCUCAGUGACGUUUGCGCGCGUCCCCGCGCAGGGCUCGGGAACGUGCGCAGCAGCGGAUGCGAGCGAGCAGAGGGGAGGGUGGUCUUGCGCGGGCCCGGCAGACACAAGUUUACGGAUGAGCCGGGAGUAGAGCCCCCCCAUUACUCACCUGAUAAUGGGGCAACACAUCUCUAACCAAGGUCCGACGGUGUUGAAUAAGUUACCGGACAGGGUGAUGAAGCAUGCUUCCCUGAUGAGAGAGAGUGGCUUCCUGACCUAUGAGGAGUUUCUUGCUAGAGUGGCGGAGCUUAAUGAGAUUUUCAAAAUAACAAAAAAGGAAAAGAGCCUGAAGCAAAAGUUUAGGCAUCCUGCAUGUACGGAAAAGCUGGCUGCAGGACAAGAGAAGUACUUAUUGUUUGAAGUUCAGCCAGGAUCUGACACCUCAGCCCUUUGGAAAGUCAUCGUUCGCAUUGUUAGCUCAAAGAUUAACAAAACUACAGGAAUUAUUGAAGCGUCUAGAAUUCUAAAUCUCUAUCAGUUCACUCAGCUGUAUCGGGAGAUCAGCAUGCAGGCAGGCAGUGUGUUUGGCCAAAGCAGCAUCUCUGAAGAUAUGGCCACAGAUGGAUCAUCGUGCCAGGCUAGUAUCUGGCUUGGCAGGAUUAAGGAGAUGACUGAUGAAGAAGAGUGCUGUAUCUGUAUGGACGGUCGAGCAGACCUCAUUCUCCCCUGUACUCACAGCUUCUGCCAGAAGUGCAUUGACAAAUGGAGCGAUCACAACCGGAACUGCCCUAUUUGCCGACUGCAGGUGAAAGAGGCCGGCGACUCCUGGGUGGUAUCUGAUGCCCCAACCGAAGAAGAUGUUGCCAGCUACAUCCUCAAAAUAGCGGACGAGGCUGGGCAUCCCCACAAGCCUUAAGACUCACAGGAGCUAUUUGCCCCACAGACUACUUGCAACUGGUCGUCUCCUUUUUAAGUCCAUCGCAUUUACUGGGGCACAGACUGACAACAGCAGCUCGCCAGAGUCCUCUGUCCUGGGCUGAAGGUUGGUCGGCCCUGUAGCUACUUAAUGUCUUCUAGGUGAAGAUCCUUCCUCUCCCAGGGAUGAGGUCUUUGGAGCUUCUGUUGGAGUUUCUAUAGCAUUGGGAUUUUACGGGAUGGGAUUGCUAGCCCGUGCUCAACCCUCCUCCUUCCGCAGCCGGGCUUGGGACUGACCAUGGAGUUCUACAAAUAUUUCCUUCUACACAUAAAUCAUCUACCAUGGAUUCUGAGCCCUGGGGCUUUUGUAUAUUGGAUCACUUUUGAUUUUUUUUGACCUGACAGUUUGAUUGUGAGCUAAAGCAGAUUACAGGCUGGCUGUGAUUUUUUUUGUUGUGCUUUGGUAAAGAGACUGAAGGUUUGGCAAACAUGCAUUGUGUCCAACGUGGCAAAGCCACCUUUAGCACUCCCUGUUAUUUUACUUGUUCUUUCGAUAAGCGUCACCAUGUGACUUCAUGCGAAUAGGUAUGUUAAUCUCCUGAAAACAAAGCAGUUAAUCCUGUAUUUGUGCUUGAGUUAAUCAUUGCAGUGAGAUUCAAUUACUGGGCUGUGAUUUUCCUAGCAAUCAUCCUAGCUGGGAUAGAACAGUACAGCACAGGAACAGGCCCUUCGACCCUCAAUGUUGUGCUGAACCAAACAAAUUAGUAAUCAAACGGCCAGCUAAACUAAUCUCUCCUGCAUACACAAUGCCCAGAUCCCUCCAUUUUCCUCACAUUCAUGUGCUUGUCUAAACGUCUCUCAAAAGUCUCUCAUGUAUCCGCCUCUACCACACCCCAGGCAUCUCCUUUGAAAUUAUCCACUCUCAUCUUAAAUGCAUGCUCUCUGGUGUUAGACAUUUAAACUCUGGGGGGGAAAAAGAUUCUGUCUACUCUAUCUAUGCCUCUCAUAAUCUUAUAAACUCCCUAUUAGAUCCCCACUUCAGCCUCCACCACUCGGAGAAAACGACUCAAGUCUGUCCAAUUUCUCUAAUCCAGGCAGCAUCCUGGUCAGCCUCUCGUGCACCCUUUCCAAAGCCUUGAUAUCCUUCCUACAAUGGGGAGACCAGAACAUGGAGACCUGUGGUUGGAAUUAACUGAAGCAGAACAGAAUGCAUUGAUGAUUUAACAGCUGAUUAUGCUGAAUGGAUUAUAAAUGAUGCUUUCAAAAGACAUGUCAGGAUGCUGCUAGAUUUUCCUAAACAUCCUAGCACUGUGUCUUGUGACAGUAUUUAGUGUGGGGCAGGUUCUCUGAGGAAGCUGUGAAUGACGGUGAAUAAUUCAGGGCUGUUUAAUGUCAUUUCCUGUGCACAAAUGUAAAGGAGAACAAAAUAAUUGUUACUCUGAAUCCGAUGCAACAUAAAAAAAAUGAAAGAUAAAGAAAACAAUUUUAAAAAACACAAUAUAGAUAAAUACAUAAGAUAUCUUAUGUACAUUGAUUGUGUGUCCAUAAAGUGGCGCUGGGCACAGGAGUGUCUGUACAUAAGGUGACUGACAGGAAAUGAUAAAGUAGUGGUGGUUGGGGGUGUGGAGGGGUGGGUUAGUGGGUGGAGGUGUUGAUCAGCUUUACUGCUUGGGGAAAGUAACUGUUUUUGAGUCUGGUUGACUUGGUGUGGAUGCUACGUAGCCUCUCCAUGAUGGGAGUGGGACAAACAGUCCAUGAACUGGGUGGUGUAGCCUUUAGCUUGUGACAGUAAGCAGCUUUGGUUUGACAUUUACGGCCACAAUUACUCUAUAUAGCAGUCGCUGCAAAAGGAAAAUUUAGAAAUAUUUACUCUAUUUGUGCCAGUGCUUUAAUGACUUUGCAUUUUUGAAAAACAAUGUUGCCUUUCAAAGUUAAAAGUAAGUUUAUUAUCAAAGUACAUGUAUGUCACCAUUUAAAACUGUGAGAUUCAUUUUCUUGCAGGCAUUCACAGUAAAUACAAAGAAACAAUCGAAUCAAUUAAAAUACACAAAGAUAGACAAUUAGUGUGCAAAAGGCAACAAAUUGUGCAAAUACAAAAAGAAAAACAACAGAAUUGAUAAAUAAGUAUAAAUAGUCAAACUGCAGAAAUACAAUAAAAGAAAACCAUUAAUAAUAAAUAUUGAGGAUAUGAGUUGUAUCCUUGGAAAAAGAGUCAAAUCGUUGAAACUUUCAGCUUUAAUGUGUAAGAAUAAAUUUAUAAAAUGAUUCAAAUACCUGUAAAACCUACCAAAUCAAAUCUAUGUUCAUCACAGGCCAUGUCGAGAUUUACUGCUACACAACAUCCAUCAUCAUCUUCCAAACUCCUUUACACUAGAACUUCCUCUGUGCCCAAGUCCUCAUAAGCGACUUUAUUAAUUACUUUGUAAAACUGGAACAUACUGUUGGCACAAGCAGACUGCAGAGGCAGGCCAUUGCAGUCCCUGUUUUAAAUGCUCAGUGAUUCUGGCUUGUUCUGGUUUCCAAAGAUGGAACAUUGUAGCAGGCCCUUCAGCUCACCUUGUCCAUGCUGAAAGCUAUUAUUCUAGCUAGUCCCAUCGACCUGCACCCUGACCACAGCCUUCCAUACCCCUCUCAUCCUUGUAUCCAUCCAAAUUUAUUAAAUGUUGAAAUAAACCGUCAUCCACCACUUACACUGGCAGCUUGUUUGACACGCUCACUAUCCUCUGUGUGAAAAUGUUCCCCUUAUGUAUUCCAUCUUAACCAUUGACCUCUAGUUUGAGUCUCAAACAAACUCAGUAGAAAAAGCCUGCUUGCAUUUACCUUCCUCAAUCAAGUCUCCUGUCAAUCGUCUACAUUCUGGGGAAUAAAGUCCUAACCUAUUCAACCUUCCCCUUCUAAUGAGGAAGAGCAGCUGCACACAACCCAGUCAGUAUGUGGAUAAACAGGUAUAUCCAUAGAGCAUAGUCAAGUAGCAAUGGAAGAUUUUGCCUCUUGCCUUCUGCAGAAUGUAGAGGGCUUGACAUCUGGGUUGUUUGUUCUUGUUGGUGCAGCCUUCUCAGCCACCUUGGUGGUUGUCUGUUGUAUCUGACAAUGACAGGAAACCUGUGUGGGAGUUUUUAACGUGGAAAAACCAUUGCACCGGGGCAGUUCCACACUCUCGACUUCGUAAGUCCAGGUCCAGCGGUACGAGUAGUUGUCACAAGUGGGGCCUUCCUUGGUUGCAGUGGAAGACCAUAGGUAAUUGAAUUGAGUUUAUUUCUUACCUGCAUGAGGAGUAAAAACCUUUGCAGUAUAUCUCCAUCUGUGCAAUUUUCAAAUUACAGUGUGCUUCGUCAAGACCUUUGCUCUCCUCUGAGUGUUGCAAUACUGCUGUCCUGAUGGUUGGAUCUCACUGUACUUCUCAUCCACCCAAUCCACCAGAGCUGACUUUGCAUGCUGGUACAGGCAUGUCCCUAAUUCACUAGGGCUACCCUCACCUGGUUUAACCUGCUUGUUGAAGCGGUGUAGCGGGCAGUGGCUGCUAUCGUAUGCAAACAGGAGCCACAGGUGAGAGCUGAGAGUCCGGUGGAGACCAAAGGAGAGUGAACUUCCCCAGAGUGGACACUACAAAGCCCUUCACAGUGAGUGCUGCCCCUCCCUGGGUGCUCCAUGCACCCCGUACCUGUGGUCAGUCACCUUGACUCGUUUGCUAGCUACCUUUGUUGGAAUUAGAGAUAACAAAUUAAUCUGAAGAUCUUUAGUAACCAAGUGUUCAGUUGCUGAGAUUCAAAGCUGGUUUGAGCCUGUUUAAUUGCAUGAUAGUGAAGUUAAUGACUACUAAUGAUGUCAGUAUUUCUGAUAGUUAUGAUGAAGUUUUAUUGUUGAAUAAUGUCCAUCUAUUUGCAUUAACUUGCAGGAAGAACUUGCCACACUUUGAACAGUUCUUUGCUUUAUUGUUGAAAUUAUUUUUUUAAUUAGUUUUGUUUGUUGGAUGUAAAUCAAUAAAAGAUUUUUUCAUUAGC